AUGUCUAAAUGGUCUGAACCUUUGGAAACAGUGUUACAACAUCAAUUACCAUUCAAUCCUAAUCCUGAAAAGGAUAUCAACAUAUUGCUAUUGGGUGAAACAGGUGUUGGUAAAACAGCUUUUAUAAAUGCAUUUGCUAAUUAUCUUUCCUAUGAUACUCUCGAUGCAGCACUUAAAGGUCAAAUGCAAGUACUAAUACCUUCUUGUUUUUCAGUGGCUGACAAUGAUACACAUGAACAAACGACAAUAAUCGUAGGAUCUCCCGAUAAUAAUGAACUUUGUGAGGAUAAUGGUAAAUCACAAACCCAAGGUUGUAAAAGUUACUUAUUUUCCAUUGGUAAUCGUUACCUUCGUUUGAUUGAUACACCAGGCAUUGGCGAUUGUCGUGGUGUAGAACAAGAUAACGCGAAUUUUGAUCACAUUCUUGCUUUUGUAAGUCGUUAUGAACAUUUAAAUGCUAUUUGCAUUAUGCUUAAACCAAAUGAAAAUCGAUUAGGUAUUUUUUUUAAAUAUGGUAUUAAAGAAUUACUAAAACAUUUGCAUAGAAAUGCUAAAGAUAAUGUUACAUUUAUUUUCACUAAUGCUCGAACAAAUUUUUAUAUGCCAGGUGCAACAUCGACGCAAUUAAGAACUCUACUCAAUGAUUUAGAAAGAACUACACGUAUACAUGUUCCAUUUCUUAAAAAAAAUACAUUUUUGUUUGAUAAUGAAUCUUUUCGUUUUUUGGCUAUAAGAAAAUGUGGACAUGAUUUUUUUAAAGAUCAAAAACAAUAUUUUAUUGAUAGUUGGAAUAAGUCUGUGGCUGAAUUAAGUCGUAUGCUUGCACAUAUUGUUAAAUGUGAUUUACAUGCUGUUCGGGAUAUGGAAUCAUUAAAUGAAGCUCAACAGCUUAUACGUAAAUUAAGUCGUCCUAUUGGUGAAGUAGCUACACUCUUACAAGAAAAUAUUCAAUUGGCUGAACAACAUAAAAGCAAAGUAUUAACAGAUGCAAAAGAUAUCAAACCUAAUCAGAUACCUCAAAAAGCUGCAGAAAUUGUUCCACUCAAAUAUCCACGUACUAUCUGUACAAGUACGAAAUGUUCAAAAGUGGUUAAAGUCAAUGAUGAAAUGAAAGUUGACUAUGUUGUUCAAUGUCAUAAACAUUGUUAUUUAAAAGGAGUCGAACAAGAAGUUAUUAAUAAUCCAAUAUUGAAACAUUGUCGCGCAAUGGAUAAAACAACAGGUAUAUGCAAACAAUGUCACUGCAAAUGGAAUAAUCAUAUGCAUGUAACUUAUGAAUUUCGAAAACAUUUGACUUAUUAUGAAAUAGAUGAUGAACAAUUAUCUCGUUCAUCAGAAAGAAUAUUCUCACGUAUUGAUCGUAGAAUAUCUGAAUUAAAACAAGAACAAGAAAUAAUCCGCCAUAUAUGUGCUAAAUUGACAUUAUUUCUACGAGUAAAUUCAAUCAAUCCAACAAACGAAGAUAUUAUUGAAUAUAUAAAUCAUUUUAUUCGAGAAGAAAAAGAAAAACGAAAUGCAGGAUAUAAUAAUGAAGAAACUAUUCGUGGCCUAGAAAAAAUGGUUAAAGAAUAUCAAGAUGAAAUUAAUUUAUUUAAAUCUAACGUUGGCACAGAUACAGAUAGAGGUGGUGUUCCUCGUAUUGAAGACAUAUUUGUUUUUAAAUGUCAACUUUUUGAAUUACCGAUUACUGGAAAAUAUAUAGAAGAACAAAUCCAAAGUUUAAAUUCAAAUCAAAUGAAUAUGAUCGAACAACGAGAACAAUAUGUUAAUUUACCAUAUGGUGCAACAUGUUCAGUAACCAUGAAAGAACUACAGAAAGUGGUCACUUGA